CCCCCAUUUCAUAUUCUGCUUUGUGUCCUUUUUGUUUUCUUUUCUUCCCUCCUACUUUUCUUACUUGAACCUUUUCUCUCCUACGAAAUCAACCUUUUCUUCUUCUUCUCCUUUCUUGUGUGCUUUCAUGGCCGUUUCACGCUCAAGCUCUUCUAGCUUGGAGCUGACCAUGUCCAUGCCUGGUUUCGUUUCUUCUCCUUCUUUCCCUUCAUCUGUGAAAGAUUUGGACAUAAACCAAGUACCAUCAGGAGCAGAAGAAGAAGAAUGGAUCUCUGCAGGCAUGGAGGAUGAAGAGGAAAGCACUGAUGGAGCCCCACCUCGCAAAAAACUCCGUCUUUCUAAAGAACAGUCUCGCCUUCUUGAAGAAAGUUUCAGGCAACAUCACUCCUUGAAUCCCAGACAGAAAGAAGCAUUAGCUUUGCAGUUGAAGCUGAGGCCUAGACAAGUUGAGGUGUGGUUUCAAAACCGCAGGGCCAGGAGCAAACUUAAGCAGACAGAGAUGGAGUGCGAGUACUUGAAGAGAUGGUUUGGUUCAUUAACAGAGCAGAACAGGAGGCUGCAAAGGGAAGUAGAGGAGCUUAGGGCUUUAAAGGUGGGUCCACCAACCGUGAUAUCUCCUCACAGUUGUGAACCUCUCCCAGCAUCCACGCUUACAAUGUGUCCACGUUGCGAGCGUGUGACAACCACCGGCGUGGACAAGGGCUCCACCAAAACCACACGUACUGCUGUGGCCAACCCAACAAUAGCCGCCACCUUGUCCUCUGAAAAUGGAGCACCCGCACUCCAAUCUCGGCAAUCUUGCUAGUCAGCUAUAAUAUGAUUGAUUACUUUGAUGUGAAAGAAGAUAGGUUAGAGAAAUAUUGUUCAUAACAGUUUACGCCAAAAUGUUUAUGAGAUAGAUACUAUAGCAUAUGGUAUCUAAUCUACAUGGAUAAUUAAUUUACUUAUCAAUUAGCACCUUUUUCUUUUUAA